CGCAAAUGAGUCCGUGUUAGGAGAAUUUGUAUGCGAGCACACGAUCGACACCGGCCGACGAGGUGGUGGACAGCUUCAGCAAUAUGCUGGGGGUAGACGAGGCAGCAAACACCACAGAAAAGGCUCAUGCGAUUAACAAUGGCGUUGUGGCACAGAUUGGGACAGUGCCCGAUCUUGACGAGUUUGGAUUACCUGUCAAGAAACAUAUGCCUGCGAUGCCGGUAGCGGAGACCGAUACUGAGGAGGAAGUGAGUCCGGGGAUGUCUCAAGAGAGAGUCAAUGGCCAUACAGUAAAGGACGCGCCCGAGUCUGCAGACAAGUCGGAAGCCAGACUGAAAGUUGAAACUGGGCUGGGCGGCGGCGAAUCGAGCGGAGAGGAGGACUUUAAGGAUGCUCGGUCGACACCACUACCAGCGACCCCUAUUCCGGAUCUGAAGGAUAUCUCGGAGAAGGCACAGGAAUGUGAACCUGCUACAAGUGCAGAUCUGAAGAAAACUGCUGAGAAGGAACGAUCAGAUGAACCACCAACCCCAGAUGCAGAUGUGACGAAGCCCCGAGAGACUGUGCAAAAGCUAACUCCAGAAAAUGACGAGCACCAAGAGUCCUCAAAACCCGCCGCAGAAACUUCGAGACCGCCUGAUAUCGAUGUCUCGAAAUCUCAGACGAAAGGGGGGAGUAACAGCCAGAACCGCAGCAGCGUGACAUCUCCAAUUGGGCACACUCGAGGGCAAAGUUCGAAAGGCGCGGGCAUAUCAGAGUGGUCUCAUCAACAUCUUGCACAACCUGAUGUGGAACCCCCACAGAAAGAGGAUGAUGAAUGGCAGGCCAUGCCCGCGUAUGCCCCUUUCGAUAUGUACGAUGACGAUAAUAAACUUGUUGCGAAGGAGGCACAACUUUCGGACGAUGAAGCAGAUGCAUAUGCCGGGCUUGGCGGGGCAGGAAAAGGUUAUACGAGGGUACAACUAGAUGAAGAUGUUCAAUCUGCAACAAGUUUGGACGAGAACACGCAGUAUCUAUUCAAGGAAGUCAAUGGAGGGACGGGUGCCGGUCAGGAAGAGGACGAGGAGCAACGCGAUGCUGUCUCUCAAAUGCAAGCUACGAAGGACUUGUUGACCGAAGGUCAAAGGAUUGCCUAUGUUGGCAUGACUCGAUUGAUCCUGUCGGAGAUGAUAAAGCAGGCAGAAUCUAUUAUCGGUGCAUCGAAGGGUACCAAGAAGGAAAUGCAAAUUGCAGCUGAAGCCAUGCAAAUGUGGGGUCAGAAGAUGAUGGUCCGGCUGUAUGCGCAUAUGGACAUCAGCACAGCCGAACAGAUUAUGAUCGAGCAACUGGCUGAGCAUGGCGUUGUACCGGCGGAUCUAACUCCUACCCUCAUGCAGAAUGCUAGAGUAAAGAAUCCCAUGGCUGAAAAGGAGCCGUCUGUGGCUGAAGCCUCAUCGCCUAGACCGGGGUCUGUAACUUCAACGGGACUGAGCUCUAGGCUUUCUGUCUCCUCUCCGAGACCUUCAAUAUCGUCUCCAACGGGUCACAGGACGCCAGGCCCGGAAGAAGAAGAGGCAGCACAGAUGCCUCCCCCAUACCAAGAGCACGAGGGUGAUGAUCUGCCUGAAGUUCGAACCCCCUCACAACUUCCAACAACGCAAAGUCUUGAUAUCGACCUUCGGUGGACUGUUCUUUGUGAUCUGUUCUUGACCUUGAUUGCAGACUCCGUCUACGAUUCUCGGUCAAGAGUCUUGCUAGAAAAGGUUGGAAAGAAUAUGGGGGUGGAUUGGCUGGAGAUCUGUCGGUUUGAAAAGCGUGUGACAGAUGCAUUGGAAAUGCAACAAGCAGCUGAAAAGGAAAAUUGGAAUGAAGAUGAGCACAAAGAAAACAGGAGGAAAUUUGCUCUCAAGAAGCGUUAUAUGAUGAUGGGCCUUGCUACAGUUGGUGGCGGUCUUGUCAUUGGUCUCUCUGCAGGGUUAUUGGCUCCUUUGAUUGGUGCUGGACUUGCUGCAGGAUUUACUACCAUUGGCGUCGCGGGUACCAGUGGUUUCCUUGCAGGUGCUGGAGGAGCUGCGAUCAUCACAACGGGAGCCGCAACAUCUGGAGGUAUUAUUGCCGUGAGAGCUGCAAAUCGAAGGACUGGCGCAGUGAAAACUUUCGAGUAUCGGCCCCUGCAUAACAACAAACGAGUCAAUUUGAUCGUUACUGUUUCAGGAUGGAUGACGGGAAAGGUCGAUGAUGUUCGACUUCCUUACAGUACCGUUGAUCCAAUCAUGGGAGAUAUCUAUUCCGUGCUUUGGGAACCCGAGAUGCUCACGAGUAUGGGAGAUACCAUCAAUAUCUUGGCCACAGAGGCUCUAACUCAAGGCCUUCAACAAGUGCUUGGCAGCACAAUUCUAAUCGGUCUCAUGGCUGCGUUGCAAUUACCCGUAGUCUUGACAAAGCUGUCUUAUCUAAUUGAUAAUCCAUGGACUGUGUCUCUUGACCGAGCUAAUGCGGCAGGUCUCAUUCUUGCGGACUCCCUUAUCGACCAAAAUCUCGGCGCUCGUCCUAUCACCUUUGUGGGGUACUCCCUUGGCUCAAGGGUCAUCUUCUCUUGCUUAAGAGAGCUCGCCAAAAAGGGGGCUUAUGGUCUCGUGCAGAAUGUUUACUUGUUCGGCUCGCCAAUAGUGGCGAAGAAAGACGAAUAUCUAAGGGCUAGGGCUGUUGUUUCUGGCCGGUUUGUCAACGGCUAUGCGAAGAAUGACUGGAUCUUGGGGUAUUUGUUCCGUUUGACAAGCGGUGGUAUCGGCCGUGUUGCCGGACUCGCGCCUGUGCAGGAAAUCCCAGGGCUUGAGAACCUUGAUGUGACUGAGCUCGUCCCUGGUCACAUGGCAUAUCGAACAGCAAUGCCUCGACUCCUGCGAGAGGUGGGCUGGAUGGUAGAGAGCGACGAAUUCACAGAAAUCGAAGACCCAGACCCGGAGAACCAUGCAAAGCGUCAACGAGAACUCAUCAAUGAGAUCGAAGAAGCACGCAAGGAUUUUGAAAAGAAGAAAGGAGAGAAGGGCAGCAAGUUUGGCUGGUUGAGUAGGAAGAAGAAUGUCCUCGGGAAGAAAGAGUGGGAGACGUACGAGGAAUCCAAGGGCAAUUUCGAAGCUAGCAGAACAGAAGAUGCUGAAGGUAACAACCACGGCGUACUGUUUGACAUCGACGCCAUCCGCGCCGAGCUCGCGAGCGAACAGAUGGAAGUCAGGGAGCUAAAAUCGACACUCCCACCCAUGAAGCUUGAUCUCGGGUCCCCAAGCACCGCCAAUCCUCGCACCUCACUUCGAGAAACAAAAUCCUACGACGCGGCUACCAUGCUGACGCCAAAUCCUCCUCUACGGCCCUCACCAGCACAUUCACCACGCGGCUCAAUCAGUGAACGCCCCCCUGUCUACAGAUCUCCUUCCAUAUCUGGGAGGGGAGAUGACGAAGUCUCAAUGACAUUCGACACAUCCUACCAAUCACCACCGCCCUCCGCAUCUGGAUCAUUCAACCACCUACCUCUCCACUCUUCGCCUUCCCCGAAUCUCUCGCAGUCAUCCUUCAGACCCUCGAGUGCAGAACCGACAGACAGAGCAGCGACGUUGCGGAGGCCGUCGUUGAAGAGUAGUAGCACUCUACCGCUGCCGACAGCGCUGCCGGCUAUCAGUUUAGAUCAUAAUGCUUGGGCGGACGAGGACGAGGAGUUUGGGAGGGAGAGGGAGAUUGAGAUGAGUUUUGCAUAGACGGGCAAACAAACACAGCUUGUGGAACAAGGGUGAGAGUUGGAUGAGACAGAUGAAAUGAGGUUUGGAGAGGAAGUCAAGUGGAAGCUGAGCGAGUCUAAUAUAUUCGCUCGUUUUCAGAUAAUGUGAAGCCCUUGUGCAUAGAUAGCACAUAGGGUAUUUUCACUUGAGAUUCGAGUGCAUAACGAGGGUCAUUUAGUUAGGGAAGACGGUUCAGAUGUUUUCACAAGGUGGCGUCUGGAUUUGGCGGGUUGAUGAGAUGUGAAUCAAUCAAUCAAUUGAAUGCUAUUGUGUGAUCUGAAAUUUUUAAUGAUCUAAUUGAUCGUUAUUUCUCUGCAAUCUAUCUUCGUCUGGAGACUGAAGUCUCGUCUGCAUAUG